UUUGGUCGAAAUCGUCAAUGGUCGCCCAGAUCCGUGUAAAUCUUAUAUGGAAUGACCCGAAUAUGAGUUAUGGAUCACUACUGAGUGGGAACUUGAAGAGUGAUGCCUGCAUGGUGCUAUAUGAAAAAAUUAAUGCAUGUCAACCAACAACUCCAAAGCAUAAUAGAAAGGCUAAGAAGAGAGCUAUGUCUACAUGUAAGAAGUGGGUCUCAGAAUCUUUCCAAACAAUUAACAACAAUCAGGAGAUUGGAUGCUCUGAGGAUGAUAUGGCAGAAGAGCCAUUUAUUAUACAUAAGAGAAAAAGAUGUAGAGUGGAUUCUACUGAAACGGGUGCAGAAUCAAAAGAGGAUGAAGCAGACAUACCAAACAAGAAAAGAAGGGAGACAGACACAAACACAAUGGAAGAGACAGCUGUGUGCUUCAAGGAUAGUCUACAUACGGUGCAUGAUUUCAUAUGAGCUAUGGAAUGAGAAUAUGAGUGAAGAGGACUUCAGAUUUUUCACUGGUCUAUCCAAAUUUAAUUUUGAGGCUUUAUACCUGUUACUUGAUGGUAAAAAUGGUCUGAUGCGCCUCAAGUACCUCUACGAUAUGACAACUCCGAAGAAGAUACCAACAACACCACCCAAAUUGUCUCCGAAAAGCAGAUUAUUGCUGAUGCUUGUGAGGAUGCGAAGAGGCACUCCUUUAAGAGACUUGGCAUACCAGUUUGGCAUCAGCAAGGCUUGGGCGGGUUUCAUUUUCUUCGCUGUUCUACGAAAAGUUGCCAAAACCUUCAAGAGCCUCGAAGGAGCUAUGUUUGUGACUCGAGAACAACAGCAGGAGAACAGGCCUGCAGCUUUCAAGGCUUUUCCCGAUGUCAGAAUAAUUAUUGAUGGAGUUGAAUUCAGGACCCAGACACCUUCCAAUGCGCAGCAGCAGAAUAAUACGUUUUCAAAAUACAAACAUUCCAACACAUUCAAAUAUGUUGUUGGCAUCUCAUGUUAUGGUGCACUUAUGUUUGUCAGUGAAGGUUUCGAAGGCAGCAAAAGUGACAAAGACAUUAUGAUUCAAAGUGGCCUGUUGGAACUGUUAGAACCUGGUGAUGCUGUCAUGUGUGACAGAGGUUUCAAUGUAGCUUCUGAUCUGAUCAAACUUGGUGUCAAGACAGUGAAACCACCAAGUAUGAAAGGUGUGACGGCGAUGACAGCUCAAAAACAACUGUACAACUCAGCCAUUUCUCAGUCAAGAAUAUAUGUUGAGCAUGCGAUUGGGAAAAUCAAGGAUUUUAGACUACUGAGGUUCACAAUUCCCUUGAGUAUGAGGGGAGUGAUGGAUGACCUAGUUCUGGUAGCGGCUUACCUGUCAAACUUCGCCAAUCGUGCCAUCAAGUCAAGAACCAAGAAGCGUCGCUCCAAAUAUGAUGACUGAUUAUGUUUAUUUUGCAAUCGGGUCAAUUAGAGGAUGUUGUAAUUUUUGAACCAAUGUGGAUACUGAUGAAUAAUAAAUAUGUUCACAAAUUUUCUUGCAAUGUGCUAAGUUCCAUUGUGUUGUGAUUAUUGUGUCAUACCUUGAAGAGUUAGCAGCAAUAAAACAAAAUUGACAACAUUGAUUCAAUGGCAGCUUUUAUUGAAAAUCUACAAGCAUUACAAUUAAGCAGCUGAAAAGAGUAACGAAAAAAAAGGUAGAAAGAAAGCAUGCAUUUAUCAGUACUAAUUAGUCCCAACUAAAAAAUGAAAUAAACACAUUUACAAAUAAACACAUAAACUUUACAAAGUACACAAUAUGGAGUAAUUCUACAAUUCAAC